UUCAGUGCAUCCGCCGCAUUCUCCGGUUCUAUUAAUACAUUAUGGGGCACAUUCUGGAGUGAUUCCGAGUCCUCUUUUAGUGACGGGGCACUCCACUGUCUGAACAGCACCUUUGACUCUCCUUCUAUCUGGGAUCUUGCCGUAACUGGAAGGGCCAUCACCGCCAGUUCCGAUGACGCUGGUAUUACCAAGGUUAUUAACAAUUGUUUGGAAUAUAAAAACUCUGAAGGCUGGUUCUCGCUGACCACUGCCAAGGACCAAGAUAUUUACGUGGAUGACAAUGCUCAAGUGUUGUGGGUCUUCUUAGAUGCUUACAAGAAGACUGGUAACCACGACCACUUGCAAAUUGCUCAGUCGCUCUUUCAGUUAAUCAAAGCUCAAUGGGUGCAAAAGUCUGGUGGUGUGCGUUGGAAGCUCGGAGCACCUUACGUUGCUUCCAUCUCUACCCUCGAGGCUGCAUUGGCUGCUGCUCGCUUGUUUCAAAUCACCGGAGAUGUUGAGCUUAUUGGGUUUGCCAAACAGUGUACUGACUGGGUUUUCAAGACUCUCGUUGACGAGAAGGAUGGUUUGAUUUUCGACGGGUUGAACUCUGACACCGGCGAGAUCAACAAGGGUAAAUUGUCUUACACCGUUGGUGUUAUGCUUUCCACUCUUUCUAUUAUCAACAAGAGCACUGCUAGCGCUUCGAUCCUCAAACAAGCCGUUCAGCUUGCCCAAUCCGCACUCAACACCAAGGGUGUCUUCUACAACGCUGACGGAUACUGGAACAACCGUUUGAGCUACUCCCACUUAUUCUUUGGAGGUUUGGUUGACUUGCUC